CGCCCACUCCAUUUUUCAAGCCUGUAGGAGAGUUCAACGCACGGUUGUGCUGACAGCAGUGUUGGGAACUUUUAUGCUGAAUUGCAUUUGAAAAACGACAACAAACACCAAGAUGGCCGGCCGGACUCUGCAAGCUGGGCGAUGUCCAACAGAUGAACUGUCACUGACCAACUGUGCAGUCGUGAGUGAGAAGGAGUCACAGUUUGAACAUCACGUGACGGUGAGAACCACGCCGACCCACAAGUUUGUGUUCACAGUGAAGACCCACCAGAGUGUGGUCCCAGGAACCAUCGCCUUCAGUCUUCCCCAGAGAAAAUGGGCAGGCAUCUCCAUUGGUCAGGAUGUGGAAGUGACCGGCUACAACUUUGACAAGUCCAAGCAGUGUGUAGGCACCAUGAUAGUGGAGAUUGACUUCCUGCAGAAGAAGAGCGUGGACAGCAGCCCAUACGACUCAGACAAGAUGGCUGCAGAGUUCAUCCAGCACUUCAACAGCCAGGCCUUCAGUGUAGGCCAGCAGCUGGUGUUUAGUUUCUGCGAGAAGCUAUUUGGCCUGCUGAUAAAGGACAUCGAGGCCAUGGACCCCAGCAUCCUCAAGGGAAAUGCAGGCGCUGGGAAGAAGCACAAUAUUGACAUUGGCUUGUUGCUGGGCAACAGCCAGGUGGUUUUUGAGAAGGCAGAGAGCUCCUCUCUUACCCUCAUUGGGAAAGCGAAGACCAGAGAGUCUCGUCAGUCCAUCAUCAACCCAGACUGGAACUUUGAGCGCAUGGGCAUCGGUGGCCUGGACAAGGAGUUCUCUGAUAUCUUCCGUAGGGCCUUCGCCUCUCGAGUCUUUCCUCCAGACAUCGUGGAGCAGAUGGGCUGUAAGCACGUGAAGGGCAUCCUGUUGUUCGGGCCUCCUGGCUGUGGUAAGACUCUGAUGGCCAGGCAGAUUGGGAAGAUGCUGAACGCCCGCGAGCCCAAGGUGGUCAACGGCCCUGAGAUCCUCAAUAAGUACGUGGGAGAGUCCGAGGCAAACAUCAGGAAGCUGUUCGCCGACGCAGAGGACGAGCAGAAGAGGCUGGGCGCCAACAGUGGGCUUCACAUCAUCAUCUUUGACGAGAUCGACGCCAUCUGUAAGCAACGUGGCAGCAUGGCAGGCAGCACGGGUGUCCACGACACGGUGGUCAACCAGCUGCUCUCCAAGAUAGACGGAGUAGAGCAGCUCAACAACAUCCUGGUCAUAGGAAUGACCAACAGGCCGGACCUGAUAGACGAGGCCUUGUUGAGACCAGGCAGGUUGGAAGUCAAAAUGGAGAUCGGUUUGCCUGAUGAGAAGGGGCGUGUCCAGAUCCUCAACAUCCACACGGCUAAAAUGCGUCAGUUCAACCUGCUGGGCAGCGACGUGGAUGUCAGCGAGCUGGCCGCCGAGACCAAGAACUACAGCGGAGCCGAGCUGGAGGGGCUGGUCAGAGCUGCCCAGUCCACUGCCAUGAACCGACACAUCAAGGCCAGUGCCACCGUGGAGGUGGACCUGGAGAAGGCUGUGAAUCUGCAGGUCCACAGAGAUGACUUCCUGGCCUCGCUGGACAACGACAUCAAACCUGCGUUUGGUACCAACUCUGAGGACUAUGCCAGCUACAUCAUGAAUGGUAUCAUAAAGUGGGGUGACCCGGUGACUGCUGUGCUGGAUGAUGGGGAGCUGCUGGUGCAGCAGACUAAGAACAGCGACCGCACACCACUGGUGUCUGUGCUACUGGAAGGUCCCCCCAACAGUGGAAAGACGGCCCUAGCUGCUAAGAUCGCCGAGGAAUCCCAGUUUCCCUUUAUAAAGAUCUGUUCUCCUGACAAGAUGAUCGGUCACUCCGAAAUCGCUAAGUGCCAGGCCAUCAAGAAGAUAUUUGAAGAUGCCUACAAGUCCCAGCUGAGCUGUGUAGUGGUGGACGACAUUGAACGCUUGCUGGACUAUGUCCCGAUUGGCCCUCGUUUCUCAAACCUGGUCCUUCAAGCUCUGCUGGUUCUCCUCAAGAAACCCCCUCCCAAAGGCCGUAAGCUGCUGAUCAUUGGCACCACCAGCAGGAAGGACGUGCUGCAGGAGAUGGAGAUGUUGGACGCCUUCAGUACCACCAUCCACAUCCCCAACAUCUCUAGAGGAGAGCAGCUGGUUGAAGCCCUGGAGAUGCUGGGGAGUUUCCAGGAGAAAGAGCGGGCAGCCAUUGCCAAGGCUGUGAAGAGCCAGGCGGUGUGGAUCGGCAUCAAGAAGCUGACGAUGGUCAUCGAGAUGGCGGUGCAGAUGGAUCCUGAAUACCGCGUUAGUAAGUUCUUGACCCUGCUGAGAGAACAGGGAGCGCUGGGUUCUGACAAGCACAUAGCCAUCUAAGCCCAUGGUGGAGCUGCAUUGCCCAGCAGUAGCUGCCUCUCACAUGGGCGAGGAGUGGAAGCCCGUAUGCGGCCGGCAAGAUGGAGUGAGCGAGAGAUUAUAUAUCUCUGACCUAAUCUGGCCAUCGCAAACGCUCGCCGCGUAAAUCGCUGUACCGUGUGUUUCCAGGGCAACUCGAUCGACCAGCGUCGUCCUCCUUCCUCAUCAGCACUAUUUCUCUGUGUGUGUAAACUAAGUCUGUAAUUGUUAUUUCUGAAGGCAAAGUGUUGUGAUUCAAAUGACACUCUAUUCCCUGUAUAGUGCACUAGGUUCUGACCAGAUGUCUAUGGGCCCUGGUCAAAAGAAGUGCACUGUAUAAGGAAUAGUGUGCCAUUUGAGAUGCAUCCAAAGUGUUGUGAUUUGUGCUGCUAGCACUCCAGGGGAUUUUAUGUAUAAAAAUCAAAUGUAUGUUUAUAACUAAACAUGAGAAAAGUGUAUGCAAAACCAUGUACACUGAGUGUAUGAACCAUUAAGAACACCUUCCUAAUAUUGAGUUGCACUCCCUUUUGCCCUCAAAACAGCCCAAAUUUGUUGGCGCAUGGACUCAACAAAGUGUUGAAAGCGUUCCACAGGGAUUCUGGCCCAUGUUGACUCCAAUGCUUCCCACUGUUGUCAAGUUUUCUGGCUGUCCUUUGGGUGGGGGACCAUUCUUGAUACACAUGGGAAACUGUUGAGCAACAACAACAAAAAACAGCAACGUUGCAGUUCUUGACACACUCAAACCAGUGUGCCUGGCACCUACUACCAUACCCCGUCUAAAGACACUUAAAUAUUUAGUCUUGUGCCAUUCAGAGGGUGAAUGGGCAUCUACACAAUCCAUUUCUCAAAUGUCUGUCUCAAGGCUGUCCCAAAUCCUUCUUUAACCUGUCGCCUCCCCUUCAUCUACACUAAUUUUGAGGGAUCCUUGCUUUCACCUGGUCAGUCUGUCAUGGAAAGAGCAGGUGUUUAUAAUGUUUUGUACUCUGCGUAUAUGAUGACCUUUUUGAGUUUGAUACAACUCCAACACUGGGCAUGAUGCAUUUGACAAAAGCAAUUUUCUAAUUGUAUGCAUAACUGACCAGUCAAACUUCUCUAUAAAUGCCUCAUAUGCUGAAUAUGCGCAACAUGAUGGUGAAACUGAUUAAUUGCAGCAUGUAUUGUGUGUGUGCUCUAAUAUAUUAUGUGCUUAGAUUUUAUAAUCAUUACAGGAAAUGAUGGUUCCUCUUAACUCUACUCACACAGGACCAAAGUAUCACAGCAGUCUGUUUUGUGAAUGAUGAUGUUACUAAUAUUGAUUAGCUAGUAACUGGAAAAAGUGAUUCAUUUUCAGACCCAGACCAUUUUAGAAGGAAACCUCUCCCCAACCACUCACACAGACACACGUGUGCGAACACACAUGAUACUGUUGACAGGUUGUUUUUUUCUGCAUUGUGCAGAAAGGAUCUCUGGAGACCCUCUGGCAUGCCUUUGCAUUUUAGAAACACUUAAAAUAAGGAUCGUGUUUUGUGUAGGUUUACCCUGGUGUGACUUUUUGAUAAACAUGUUCAUCUCAAUAUUUUCGUCUCUAUUCACUCUCUGAUUCAAAAAUGCUAAUUAGCAUCAAAGUAGAUAUCACACAAAACUUCAAAUCCCUGCAAGCUUCUGCACGUCAUCUCUAGCAGGUGCGUUUGUUAACAGGUAUUGGGUCAACGUGCAUAAGACAGUUUACAGAAUUGUCCAUUUAAAGAAAUGUAAGUGUUUGGUUUCAUGAGCUGAAAUAAAAGAUCACAGAAAUGUUCCAUAUGCACAAAAAGCUUAUUUCUGUGCUGAGUACAAUAACUGACCAAUCUAAAAUGUUCAGUUUUGUCACAACACAAUGCCACAGAUAUCUCAAGUUUUGAGGGAGCGUGCAAUUGACAUGCUGACUUCAGGAAUGUCCACCAGAGCGGUUGCCAGAGAAGUGAAUGUUCAUCAAUGUCGUUUUAGAGAAUUUGGCAGUACACCCAACUGGCCUCAACCGCAGACCACAUCGUAACCACUCCAGGCCAGGACCUCCACAUCCAGCUUCUUCACCUGGGGGAUCGUCUGAGACCAGCCACCCGGACAGCUGAGGAGUAUUUCUGUCUGUAAUAAAUCCCUUUUGUGGGGAAAUUGUCUGGGCCUUGCUUCCAAGUGGGUGGGCCUAUGUGCAGUUGUGAAAUCCAUACAUUAGGGCCUGAUGAAUUUGUUAAAAUUGUAACUCGGUAAAACCCUUAAUUGUUGCGUUUAUUUUUUUAUCUUCAUUUAACUAGAAUUCUUAUUUUCAAUGACAGCCUGCCUGUUCAGGGGCAGAACGACAGAUUUGUACCUUGUCAGCUUGGGGAUUUGAACUUGCAACCUUCCGGUUACUAGUCCAACGCCCUAACCACUAGGCUACCCCGCCACCCCAGUAUACAUUUAGCUAACAUAUAGUUAAUCCAGAGAUUCUUAACUUUGCCUCAAUUUGGCAGUCUCGUCCAGAUCAUCAUGGCACAUUUAGUUCUUCAAGAUAGCCACAUUAGCUGCUAAUUGGCAUUUCAUUUUGGGGGGGGGGUAAAUACAGGCAAAUAUAUUGAUGAAAGUCACAAUUAUCAAAAUGUCACACCAGGUUAAGCCUACACGAAACACACCCCUAAUUUUUUGUGUUUCUAAAACCAAUAAUUAUUGGAACCAUUUCCCUGUUUGACCUCUAGGUUUAAUGGGUAUCGAAUUGUAUUAGUCACAUGCGCCGAAUGCAACAGGUGAAAUGCUUACUUACGAGCCCCUAACCAACAAUGCAGUUAAAAAAAAUACGGAUAAGAAUAAGAAAUAAAAGUAACACGUAAUUAAAGAGCAAAUAAUCUGGGUAGCCACUUGAUUAGGUGUUCAGGAGUCAUAUGGCUUGGGGGUAGAAGCCUCUUAGUCCUAGACUUGGCGCUCCGGUAUUGCUUGCCGUGCGGUAGCAGAGAGAACAGUCUAUGACUAGGGUGGCUGGAGUCUUUGACAAUUUUUAGGGCAAUCCUCUGACACUGCCUGGUAUAGAGGUCCUGGAUGGCAGGAAGCUUGUCCCCCGUGAUGUACUGGGCCGUUCGUAUUAUGACUCAUACUGUGGUACUCUAUUGAGUGUUUGCCCCCUAAAAUAGAAGGAUAAUGUCGAUAUUAGACACUAUUGCACCACCUCUCACCCCAUUUGUGUGCAUGCCUAACAAACUUCCAUUUACAUACAGUAGCUACAGUAUGCAGUUAUUUUUUCCCCAGAUAAUCACAAGUCAAGUACCCGUUUAUUAGGUACACAAUCUAGUGCCGGGUCGGACCCCCCUUUUGCCUCCAGAACCGCCUGAAUUCUUUGGGGCAUGGAAACAUAGCUCAAUUGCUAUCAAGGGACCUAAUGUUUGCCAGGAAGACAUUCCCCACACCAUUACGUACCCACCACCAGCCUGUACCGUUGUAAACAAGCAGGAUGGGGCCAUGGACCCGCCUGUUAGCUUGCACGAUUCUUGCCAUUCUCCUUCGACCUUUCAUCAAAGUCGCUUAGAUCACUCGUUUUGCCCAUUCUAACGUUAAAUGGAACAAUAACUGAAUGCCUGUCUGCCGGUCUGCCUGGUUUAUAUAGCAAGCUUGGCCACGUGUCUGUAGGAGCUAACCAUUUUUGUGAAUGGGUAAUGUACCUAAUAAAUCGACCACUGAGUGUA